AUGAGGCGCGCGAGUCCCGGAUCCUGCCCCGCACCCGCGCGCCCCUGCGCCAGUAGUGGUCUUCAGUACAUCCAAGACGCCAGAGUUGAUUACCCGUUGAUUCUAAGUCUUCUUUCAGUAAUGGCCGGAAAAGGCAAGGGGCCUGCAAUCGGGAUCGAUUUGGGAACCACUUACUCAUGCGUUGGCGUGUGGCAGCACGAGCGCGUCGAGAUCAUAGCCAAUGAUCAAGGAAAUCGCACGACGCCUUCAUAUGUCGCUUUCGCCGACGGCGAGCGUUUCAUCGGCGAAGCCGCCAAGAAUCAGGCCGGCGUGAAUCCCUCAAACACCGUUUUUGAUGCCAAGCGGCUGAUCGGGAGACGAUACACCGACACCUCUGUCCAAACCGACAUAAAGCUGUGGCCGUUCAAGGUUGUCGCUGGCCCCACUAACAAGCCCAUGAUCGUGGUCUCCCAUAAGGGUGAGGAGAAGCGGUUCUCCCCUGAGGAGAUAUCGUCGAUGGUACUCACCAAGAUGGCCGCCAUUGCAGACUCCUAUCUGGGCCCCACGACUGUCCGGGAUGCCGUCAUCACCGUGCCCGCUUACUUUAGCAACUCUCAGAGACAGGCCACCAAGGAUGCUGGUGCCAUUGCCGGGCUCAAUGUCAUCCGCAUCAUCAACGAGCCCACUGCCGCCGCCAUUGCCUAUGGCCUCAACUACAAGGGAGAGAAGAAGAACGUGUUCAUCUUCGACUUAGGUGGUGGCACCUGCGACGUCUCCCUCCUCACAAUCAACAAGGGUACCUUCGAGGUGAGGGCCACCGCCGGCGAUACCCACCUUGGCGGGGAGGAUUUCGACAACCGCAUUGUUUCUCACUUCGCCGCCGAGUUCAAACGCAAGUACAGGAAGGACCUCUCCGAAAAUCCACGAGCCAUACGGAGGCUGAGGACGGCCGGAGAGAGGGCAAAGAGGAUUCUCUCGACCAACACUCUGACCAACGUGGACAUUGAGUGUCUGCACGAGGGCAUUGAUUUCCACUCUAGCAUUACACGUGCUAAAUUCGAGGAUCUCAACAUGGACCUGUUUGAAAAGUGUGUCGAGCCCGUUGAGAGCUGCCUGAGAGAUGCCAGGGUGGAUAAGACUGCCAUCCAUGAUGUCGUUCUGGUUGGAGGCUCGACCAGGAUUCCCAAAGUUCAGAAGAUGCUUGAGUUUAUCUUCGAGGGAAAGGAGCUGUGCAGGAGCAUUAACCCGGAUGAGGCUGUUGCGUACGGGGCUGCUGUGCAGGCGGCCGUCCUAAGUGGCAUAGGGGACAACAAGGUGCGGGGCCUCGUCCUCCUUGACGUGACCCCUCUCUCCCUCGGAAUAGAAGCUAACAGGGAUGUCAUGUCUGUUGUGGUCCCACGGAACACGACUGUCCCCACUCAGAAGGUGCAAACAUUCUACACAUCUGAAGAUAACCAGACUUCUGUUAGGUUCUUGGUCUAUGAGGGCGAACGGGCGAGGUCAACAGACAACAAUCUGCUCGGGAAGUUCACUUUAGAGGGAGUCCCACCUGCCCCGAGGAGCGUGCAAAAUCUGGACGUGUGCUUUGAAAUCGACGCCAACGGGAUACUGAGUGUGACGGCCAAGGAGAGGUCAACUGGAAGGACGAGCGGGAUCACUAUAACCAACGAAGAAGGGAGGCUGUCGAAAGAGGAGAUUGAUAGGAUAGUGUGGGAUGCCGCGAGGUACAGGGCGGAGGACCAACAGUUUAAGAGGAGGGCCAAGGCCAGGAACAACCUCGAGGAUUAUGCUUAUAACGUGAGGAACACGGCCAGGGCUGCAGCCUGGCUGACGGCGGCCAACAGGAGGAUGGUGGAGGAUGCGGCAAUGUCGGUUAUUGAGUGGGUGGGCGAGAAUUGGAUGCAGACCGGUGUGGAUGAGCUCAACCAUAAGAUGAGGGAGCUUGAGCACACAGCGGCAUAUGAGCAGGUUUUGACAGAAUCGAGCUUAGCUCCGACGAAUGUGGCAAAGAACGAGCGUCAUGGGACAACUGUGGUGGCGAAAUGUCAUUCGCUCGAGUAG